AUGGUUAACGCAUUCGUCGCACUCUCUUUAGCUAGCUCAGCACUCGCACACGGUGUGGUUUCUUACAUAGACGUGAAUGGUCAAGGCUUCAACGGUCCUGACCCUAAUCAGUCCUCACAAAAUGCACCAGAGUGGACCUCUGGUAUCAACCCAAUCAAGGACCCAUACUCAUCGGAUAUGUUUUGUGGUCCAAACUCAUCACCAAAUAGUGUUGCUACGAUUGGUGCUGGGUCCACUAUGACUCUCUGGUGGGAAGAGACAGCUCAGCAGCAGUGGCCACACAAUACAGGUCCAAUAAUCACUUAUAUGGCACAAUGUACCACCGACUGUGCCAACAUGAACGCUGAUUCAGCUAAAUGGUUCAAGAUCGAUCAAGUUGGUUUCGAAAACGGACAGUGGAAGCAAGCUUCAUUGAUGAAUGGUGGCGGAUACCAAGUGACUAUCCCAGAGGAUCUCGCAGCUGGUGACUACCUCAUGAGAACUGAGAUAAUUUCACUUCAUGCUUCAAGGCCACAGUACUACCCUCGCUGCGUGUCAUGGACUAUCACAGGUGAUGGUUCAAACACCUACAGCGACGACGCAACGGCUACUUUCCCAGGUACUUACAGCUGGUCUGAUGCUGGUUUAGCUUCGAGUGGUAGUGAUAUCUAUAACGUUCAGUCUGAUUCAGCAUACCAAUUCCCAGGUCCUGAGCUUAUCACUGUUGGACAGGGUGCUGCUUCCGGUGGUGGUGGUGAUGGUACUUCAGAUGGUUCUGAUAACUCUGAUAACUCUACAUCAAGCGCCACACAAUCUAACUUCAAAAAGUUCGCUCCUGCUCAAUCUUCUGCAAAUGUUCAUGCUCAACAGGUAGAUCAGGGUAACCAAGGCAACGGAAACUCUGACAAUGGCUCUAAUGAUGGGUCCAACAACAAUUCAAAUGAUUAUGACGAUGCCGACGAAAAUGAUGGCUCUGCUCAACAAGACAAAGGCUCAGGGCAGCAGAAUAACAAUGCAAACCAGAAAAACAACUCUGGCCAACAAGCAACUGCCGAACAAGACUGUGAAUCACAAUGGACGCAAUGUAACAACGACUGGGUUCCAGGUACUGCGUACUCGUGUCAAGAUGAAUUCGUAUCUUGCCGUGGACAAGUACAGAGAAGACUCGUAGACGAUGACAAAAUGAAGAGAAUGAAAGUUAAGAGGGAUCAGCACAACAGACGCAGAUUCCAUCACUAA